AUGGCGAUUGCUUUGGCUGAGGCCGACAAGUAUGAGAUCUUGGAGAAGAUCGGCUGUGGCUCCUUCGGUAUCAUUCGUAAAGUCAAGCGGAAAUCCGAUGGAUACAUACUAUGCCGGAAAGAAAUCAAUUACAUCAAGAUGUCUCAAAAGGAGCGCGAGCAGCUCACGGCUGAAUUCAAUAUCCUGAGCUCCCUCCGACAUCCGAACAUUGUCGCCUACUACCACCGCGAACACCUCAAAGCCAGCCAAGAUCUAUACCUGUACAUGGAAUACUGCGGCGGUGGAGACUUGAGCAUGGUUAUCAAGAACCUCAAGAAGGCGAACAAGUUGGCGGAGGAGGAAUUCGUCUGGCGCAUUUUGUCACAACUGGUCACUGCCUUGUUCCGGUGUCAUUACGGAGCGGACCCUGCGGAAGUUGGAUCGAACAUCCUUGGAGCACCGCCAAAGCCAUCUGGUCUGAAGGGAAAGCAGGGGCAGGUCACCAUCCUGCACCGUGAUCUUAAGCCCGAGAAUAUCUUCCUCGGGAGCGACAAUACUGUGAAGCUUGGCGACUUCGGUCUGUCCAAGCAGAUGCAAUCCCACGAUUUCGCAUCCACAUAUGUCGGCACCCCUUUCUACAUGUCCCCCGAGAUUUGUGCAGCCGAGAAGUAUACUCUCCGAUCGGACAUUUGGGCUGUCGGAUGCAUCAUGUAUGAGCUCUGCGCAAAGGAGCCCCCUUUCAACGCGCGCACCCACAUCCAAUUGGUGCAGAAGAUCCGCGAGGGCAAAUACGCACCCCUACCCGACUACUACUCGCCUGAAUUGAAAAAUGUCAUUGGGAGCUGCCUGCGUGUCAAUCCUGAUAACCGCCCGGAUACGGCCGCCUUGAUCAACCUCCCUAUCAUUCGUCUGAUGCGAAAGGAGAAGGAAGUAGUGGAUCUUGGCAAGACCCUGCGCCGCCGGGAGGAGGUUGCCGUGCAGAAGGUUCGCGAGAUGGAACAGAAGGUGGCCAACAUGGACAAAGAAAAACAGCAAUUUAAGGUUGACAUUGAAAAUACUGUUCGUCGGGAGUGGGAGGUGAAGGCGCGAUUAGAGAUUGAUCGCCAAGUGCAAGGCGAACUGGACCGACUUCGCAAGCGUUUCGAAGCGGAGGUCCAAGACCGCGUUUCCAUCGAGCUAGAGAAGCAGAAGAGACACAGUAACCCUCGGGAGGAGCUCUUCCGUGCCAGUCUUCGCCGCUCUGAUUCCAGCUCGCAAGGAUCAUCUCGGACUAGUGGUCGUGAAUCGCGUUCUUCUGGUGUCGUGACCGACGACUCUGAUGUUCCGUCCAGCACUGACAUCAGUCAGUUAUCGCUUGAGUCUCCUACCUCCAACAACAGGAAGCCAAGGAAAGAGACUCGCACUCCAUUCUGUCGCUCCAAGACAGUAGUAGAAUCGCCUCAGGAUGUGCAAAUGGCCGAGCCGUCCCCCAUGUCCAUCGCUUCACUUUCACUUUCACCUCGUCGUACCUCCGCUUCGGGCACGUCCCGCAAUAUCUUUGCGGAAGCUGAGCGCCAAAAGGCCAAGUGGGAACCCACUCUGGCUUACUCUGACGAUGAGGAUGAUACUCCUGAUCUACCAUCUCCGACUCGCCCCAAGGUCAAGCCUGAUCCCUUCAAGGCGCCUCCUCGACCGCUCCUGCGCCAGAACACUGCUGCUCUCAUGCAGAAACUCAGCACUCAACCCCCUCUAUUCCCUUCUAAUGGAUCUCGACUUCCCCAGAUGUCUGGCGGUCCAUCAGCCUCCCAAUCCGACGGCCGUACCAACAUGAACGAGGGACGGGCUAAAUCUCCUCACCGUCGCCUGUCCAAGAUUCCAUCCUCUGCCAACCUCGCUGCUGAUGCUGGAUCUCCUACUCGUAAAAACUCUACCAAGCAGCCCCCCGUCAAGGCCAACAAUGCCGGCGGCGACGAGAUGUUCAAGGCUGUGAUGCAGCGCAACAUGGGUGGUCGCACCCUGGUCGAGCUCGCCCAGGCUAGGGCUGGCGGUCGUCCAGUGGACGAAUUCAAGCGAUGCGCUAGCGACUCUCGCGCCACUCCUCAUGCCUCAAGCAUGAAAUCCUCCGAGCGCGAGCCACCUGCUAUCUGGGACCCAGAGCGCGAUGAGAUGCCCAGCCCUUUCCUCGCCCGUGGCAAGAAGGUUAUCCGCAACCUUCGGUGA